GAAGAACAAGAAGAGGAAGAACAAGAACAUGAACGUCCUUCGCUAUUACAUUCCACUCCUGUUGGUGGCGGUAAUGUACCCCAUACUGUCUGCCAUUACACUAGAAGAAGACCUCACAAACGAAGAAGAAGGAUUUCUCGACAUGAAAAUAUUCUCGACAGGAUUGCACAGGGGAAAAGGAAGUUAGACCUGAGCAGGUAGCAGCUCGCUGAGGUUUUGAUUCCGAGAAUCACGUUUUCUAAUGGAGUCAGAGCUUUGUGAGAAUGUGAAAACUGAGUUUUGCAUGACUUCAGAUGGGGGGACAUCAGACUCUGUGCGAUUUGUGAUCCCUAUUCCUGUGGAUCAGCAGAAGCCUGUGAAAAAAGAAGAACCUGAAGAUGAAGCCUAUCUCUAUGGAGGGCCAUCAAGCCCUGUGGGAUGUGUCAUCACUACUGACCAACAGACUGGAGGAUUCCAGAGGAACCUUAUAAAAGAGGAAGAACCUGAAGAUGAUGAGUUCCUCUAUUGUGAGGACUGCAGAUCCUACUUCAUCAACAAGUGCGAGGUUCAUGGUCCCGCUCUUUUCAUCUCUGAUACCCCCGUUCCUCUGGGGAUUGCUGGCCGAGCCAUACAAACCCUUCCACCCGGUCUAGAGGUUGGAAAGUCUGAUAUUCCUGAUGCAGGCCUCGGGGUGUUCAAUAAGGGGGAGACGAUUCCACUUGGUGCACACUUUGGGCCGUAUGAAGGAGACCUGGUGGACAGAGAGGAAGCCAUGAAUAGUGGCUACUCUUGGGUGAUAUCCAGGAGCAGACAAUGUGAGACAUACAUCGAUGGCCAGAGAGAGAUGCAUUCUAACUGGAUGAGGUAUGUGAAUUGUGCUCGUAAUGAAGAAGAACAGAAUCUUGUGGCAUUCCAGUAUCGAGGAGGCAUUCUCUUCUGUUGCUGUCAACCCAUUAAAACAGGACAAGAGCUCUUGAUGUGGUACAAAGAUGACUACGGCAAAACCCUUGGCCUUGCCUUUGACUACCUCUGGAAGAAAAAGUGCUCCUCAAAUGAAAUGAACAAUUCCCUGCUGCAACUUUUCUCCUGCUCCUGGUGUCUGUUUUCCUACACUUCCCAGUUUCAUCUUGACAAUCACAUCAGGAGAAGCCACUCUGAGGAGAAUAUGAUCUCAUGUGAAAUUAAAAAUGACAACGUGAUGCCCACAGUAAGCUCCAAUAUACAGCAAACAUGGCCUGAUGCUCUCCACACGAACACCACUCAUGGACAAAUGCAGAAAGAACUCUAUCACUGCUCAAAAUGUGAGGAGGAUUUUAUUUCUGUCUAUAACCUCAGUAAGCACCAGUGUGUCCACACAAGACAAAAGCCAUUUCCCUGCACGCAGUGUGGGAAGAGUUUUACUUACCAGCGUAAUCUCGGACAGCAUCAGCGCAUUCACACCGGAGAGAAGCCGUAUCACUGCUCGCAGUGCGGGAAGAGCUUUAAUAACGGGAGUAAUUACAGACAACACCAACGCAUUCACACCGGAGAGAAGCCGUAUCACUGCUCGCAGUGCGGGAAGAGUUUCACUAACCAGUGUCAUCUCCGACAGCAUCAGCACAUUCACACAGGAGAAAAACCACAUCGCUGCUCACAGUGUGGGAAGAGCUUUAAUCAACAGAGGUAUCUGGAAAGACACAAGAGCGUUCACUCGGGAGAGAAGCCGUAUUACUGCUCACAGUGCGGGAAGAGUUUCAAUCGACAGAGUCAUCUCCAAACACACGAGCGCAUUCACACGGGAGAGAAACCGUAUCAGUGCUCGCAGUGUGGGAAGAGCUUUAAUCAACAGAACGAUCUCCAAAGACACCAGCGCAUUCACACGGGAGAGAAACCGUAUCACUGCUCAGAAUGCGGGAAGAGUUUUAUUCAACAGAGCGAUCUUCAAAAACAUCAGCGCGUUCACAUGGGCGAGAAACCGUAUCACUGCUCACGGUGUGGACAGAGAUUCACUUCUGUCAAUUCAUUUACGACACAUAAGUGCACCAAUCUAGACCAGACAAUUUAAAGUACAACAUAGAACACGAUUAGCGCAUAUAUAAUAUAAUAUCUCAAUGUAAAAGUUUAGCUGGUGUUUAUGACAAAUGUCCUCCAGAAGCUGUGCAACCAUAUCUAUAGUAUUUUAUGUUCCUUGAACAGAUUGGGCUUGGAUGUGUAAUUUCUUCUGUUUCUUCCUUUUAUUCCAACACUACUACAAAUAAUAAAAAAAAAGUUCAUAUAUCAGUCCCUUGAGGAUUUAGCGAAAUCAUGGAAACUCAAGAGCAGAGAUGCGUCGUGUGACGUCAUCGAGACGUUGGUUCAGCCAAAGCCCUCUUUCAUUAAUGUGCAUCAAACACGAGUACAGCUAAAAAAAAAAAAGUCUUAUUUACUAACAAACGUCACUGUGAAAGACCGUGCAAAAUAAUUUCGUGCGAUUGCGAUUUCGCCAGUUCGAGUCGUUUUCCGGAAAACAAAAAAAGCAUAAAAAUUGCAGUGCAAAUUCGGAAAAAAAGUCGCAGCAAAAUCGAGCGUUUUUGGUUGCAACAACCACAAAAAAAAAAAAAACUCGGUGAAAUCCUGUAGGGACUGAUAUAUUUAUUCCAUAGGACAUUCCUCCUGUAUAUUAACCUUUUGUAAACUGUAAGCUGCUUUGAAUUUGAUGUAGCUUUGACUUUUUCACCCACUUCACCUUUUAUCAUUACUGUUUUUGUGCCACAAUGUUUGCGCAAGACUUUCAUAAAAGAAUGUAACAAAAAACAUGAUCACAAGUUAGCUCUGAUGAACUGGUCUGUGUCGUUGUUAAGUAGCAGCACUCACCUGUCAUGCUCCUGCCGGGUUGGCUACUUCCUCUCCUCUGAGCAUUUCACUUCCCCCUACUGUCUAGCUGGCCAAGUGGAGUAGAUUUUUAUUGUAAUUACAACCAUAUACUAUGUA